AUGUUUAGAGAGAAGAUGGAUACAUUAAAGUCACAGGAACCACCACUCUCUGACCGUCAAUAUCAGAAAUUGGAAUCAGACUCUAUUUCAUUCGUAAACAACCUCUAUAGACAACUAUUAUUUGGAUUAGAAGAAGCAUAUAAACCUGGCUUAAUACAAUUAGAUAAAACACUUAAAGAACUUAAAGAUUAUUAUAAAAAAGAAAACAAUUAUAAGAUUAAAGGAUAUUUAACUUCUGAACAUUCAUCGGCAACUCUGACAUUCCAAGAUAAACUAGAAUCCAUUAGUAUACCAAUGAGUAACAAGAAACUAUUGGAAUCGAUACAAUCGUUAAGAGAUUUCAUUCUUUCUGAAUUCAAAUCUAUUACGAAUCAAUAUCAUAACUCUGAGAUAUACGCAACUUUUUUAAAUAAUUUAAAUAAUGAUAUUGAUAGACUUUCAUCACAAUUGAUUUUAAAGAACAAGAAUGAAAUGGAAAUGUUAUUAUCUAAAUCAAUAGCAGCUGCAAUCGAUAAAUAUAAAGAUUUAAUGAAUGAUGGUAUUAAAUAUCCUUUGAGAUAUAAAGAUUUAGAGGCAAUACACAAACAGAAUAAGAAUAGUGUAAAUCAAUGGUUCAUCACAACAGUUCAGAUAGCAGAGGAUGAAGUUUACUUUAGUGCAUUCAUGGUGAAUCUAGAUAAGCUACUUGGUGAACAGUAUGAUGUCAUCAAAGCCUACAAUGAAGACAAGAUAUUGGAUCGUUGUAAAGUGCAAUCAAACAACUUCAAAUACCAAUUCAAACGAGGUCUUGGUCAAUUAGUGUUGCCUGUGGAGGAAGAGUAUCUCGAGGCCAGAGCAGAUGAACUCAGACUCUCUGUACUGACCUCAUUCAAAGAGAAUCUUGAAGUAUUCAACAACACUGCUUCAUUUAGACAAGAACUUUCAAAUUUCAUUAUUUUUGAGCAAGAUGAAAAAAACAGUUAA